AUGUCGUUUACACUGCAGCGAACGCCUUUCAAGUUGCGGUCGUUGCAAUCGCUUCCCCUCUGCGCAACAUGCAACUAUGCCACAACACGGCCUGGCCACACCACAGAUCACAUCCAGACCAAACUUCCACCAGCGUUUGGUGCUAAAAACGCCCAGCGAUUCCGUGAAUUCAAUCUAGAAGAUCGUGUCAUUGCCAUCACCGGAGGGGGAAGAGGCCUCGGCCUCUGCAUGGCCGAAGUGCUGAUGGAGGCUGGCGCAAAUGUCUGGUGUUUGGACCGUCUCGAAUCCCCCGAUCCUGAGUUCGAAGCUGCCCAAGACCGGGCCAAGAGCGAAUACGGCGGAAGCAUGAACUACAGACGCAUCGACGUCAGGGACAACGCCGAUGUCAACAGCGCGAUAAGCGAGAUUGCAAGCGCAUCGCGACGACUGGACGGCAUGAUCUGCGCCGCGGGGAUCAACCACAUUGCGAGCGCGCUCGAAUACUCGCAGGAGGCGCUGCACGAGGUGAUGCAGAUCAACUACAACGGCGUCUUCAACGCGGCCACGGCGGCCGCCAGGCAGAUGUUCCGCUACAAAUGCCCCGGGUCGAUCCUGCUCGUCGCCAGCAUGAGCGGCCUCAUCGCCAACAAGGGCAUGACGUCCGCCGUGUACAACUCGUCCAAGGCGGCCGUCAUCCAGCUGGGCCGCUGCCUUGCCAUGGAGUGGGGGCGUCAUGGCAUCCGCGUCAACAGCCUCUGUCCCGGUCACAUCAUGACCCGCAUGGUCGAGCAGGUGUUCGAGAAGGCCCCAGAUACCCGGGCCAUCUGGGAGGCGGAGAACAUGCUGGGCCGGCUCGCGAGGCCAGAGGAGUUCCGUGGUAUCGCCCUGUUCGCCUUGAGCGACGCAAGCUCUUUCAUGACGGGGAGUACCCUCCUGAUCGAUGGCGGGCAUACCGCUUGGUAA